CACCGGAACAAAAAAAGCUUGACGGCAGAUUCGAGUCGGGAUGUAAACAGUGAGACACAUGUCUGUUUAGUGCAUGCAGUUGAGUCAAAGUAAGUGUUCUCUUAAAGCAAAUGAAGGACGGUGGAUAUAUAUUUGGGUAAAUAGCAUGAAACUGUACCAGGCACUCCGUCAUGUCGACAAGUUCAGAACCGUUUUCGACUUUGGCGGACGGGAAGUGGCUCACUGGUUCCCCGGACACAUGGCUAAAGGACUAAAACAGAUGAGAGCCAACCUGAAGAGUGUGGACUGCAUCAUAGAAAUACACGAUGCCAGAAUCCCAUUCUCUGGAAGAAACCCGGUGUUUCAGGACACACUGAGUGCCAAACCACAUUUGCUAAUUCUCAACAAGAUGGACCUCGCUGAUCUGUCCAACAAGCAGAGAAUCCUGAAGAAGCUAGAAAAAGAAGGGAUGACACAUGUUCUCUUCACAGACUGCUUAAAGCAGAGAGACCACAACAUCAAAAAGCUGGUGCCAAAGGUGAUGGAUAUUAUUGCAAGCAAACCACGCUUUAACCGAGAGGAGAUUACAAAUUACUGCCUGAUGGUGAUUGGAGUGCCCAAUGUUGGGAAGUCGUCUCUUAUUAACUCGUUGAGAAGAACAAAUCUAAAAAAGGGUCGUGCAUCUCGAGUAGGUGGGGAACCAGGAAUAACCAAAGCGGUCCUAACUAAAAUUCAGGUGUGUGAGCGACCCAUAAUGUACCUGUUAGACACACCUGGAGUCUUGCCUCCUAAAAUUGAGAGUGUUGAAACAGGCAUGAAGCUGGCCUUAUGUGGAACUAUACUGGACCAUUUAGUGGGUGAAGACAUCAUUGCUGACUACUUACUCUAUUCUCUGAACAGGCUAGGAAAGUUCAGUUAUGUGGACAAAUAUGAUCUCCAAGAGCCUAGUGACGACAUCCAGCAUGUCCUCAAACGCAUUGCUGUAAAACUUGGAAAAACUCAGCGGGUCAAAGCGAUUACUGGAGUGGGAAAUGUUACCAUCACAAUACCAAACUACACAGCAGCAGCAUAUGAUUUCAUAAGAGCCUUCAGGAAAGGAGAGCUGGGUCAAGUAAUGCUCGACUGACCCGAGUCAUUUUACCGACGAUAACUAAAAACUGUUUCUGGAUUUCUUCAAGAGCAUAUUAGUCUGUGUCUGCACUGACAUGGUGCAGUUUUUUGGGCUUGUGGAUAAUGCAAAAAGUCACCAGACUCCUGCAUGACUUGUAAAUAAAAGACAUUUAUUAAAUAGUCAUUCUCAGUUUUGCUUGUAGGAUACAUGAGACAGAUAUCCAGGGUGGUGUAAACAGGAUAUUUAUUGGCAUAAAGACAGUGAUAACAAACUCUUUAAUUAUUAUGUACAUCAGUGUAGCAUAUAAUAGAGUGCACUUGUAAAUGUGGAACAGUCUGUUGCUCCUGAGUGUCUUUUGUAGGUAGAUAAAUUUUUUUUUUUUUUGGAAGAUGUAAACACCGUGAAAACCUUCCAGAGACACCGGUCGCUUUUGAGAGCAGCGGUAGGUUUGCCUCUCAUCCAUGUCAUGAUCACAGAUCUCAGAUGAAUUUCAGGUGUUAUUAGAAAACAGUGAACUAUUCAGAAUGCGAAGACGAUUGUGGAAAACUAGCUGUCCCAAAGCACAGCACUCUUACUUAUUCUGUUAUUUAAAUUAUUGUAUAAAGAACGAAAUGAAAUGUGUUUCAUUGGUUGAGUUUGGAAGCUGAACAAAAACACGUAUUUUCCUCUGUAAAAUAAAUAAGUCCAUAUUUCAGAGAAAAAUUACUAAUACUGUUUGAUUUCAGGGGUGAGAAAAUGCUGGUGCCAGGUUCCUUUCAACUUAAUAAAUGUUAUAAAGUAGCUGAUAAUCUGUACUGCCAUAUUUUAAAUGAACUGCAGCAAGUCCAAACUUUAUAUUAAUACACCGGUCUGCUUUUAAACACAGAUUCUCUCAUUUGUACAGAGCUGCAGUACAGGUCACUUUUUAUUUUGUGCAUAUUAUUAAAAGUAUAUAUUUUUUAAAUUUGGCAGUAGUUAAAAUUGGCAGAAAGCAGCUCGGUUAGACUCUGAAGAGUCAUUGCCAUUUUGCUGAUAUGUUCUUCAGUGAAAUACCAAGAUUUAAGCUUUAGGGGUGGAAAUUGACAGUAGUUCUGUUAUAUAUGCAGAGAUGAAGUCUGAGAGGUGAAAUGUCCCCAUGAAUACUAAGCUGGUAACGCAGCCUGUUGUUUGCCGGUUGGAAAAACUGUAAAAAGUACAGUACAGUGAUGCUUUUGUCAUUGUUUUGUUCUGCUCCUGUGUGGCCGCUCUAACUGGUCUUACCCGUGCAGGUUCCAGUCAGUCCUCUGCAUUAUAAUCAUAACCUGGAUGGAACUUCGGUUCUAGAUCCAAUCACAAAUGUAUCCUACAAAUCACCCAA